CCUCUUCUUCCUCCUCCUCUUUCCCCACCUACUCCCCCUCAGCCACCGCCUCCUCCUCCACCAGCACCACUCCCUCCGGGGCACCCCGGUCCCUGCAGAGUCCCUGGCCGGCGCCGCCUCCGCUGCGGCCCCCUGAAUCCGGAGCCUGCUGAGCCCAAGCUGGUAGGACAGACGGACAAACAGAUUCCUUUCGCCUAGCGCUCCGCCGCUGCUGCCUUACGCGGCCCUGCGUUGGGGGAACUGGGAUCGUCCCAGGAGCACCGCGAGGUUAAACCCCGACAGAUGCUUAAAUGGUGAUACAUGGAAAAUGAAUUUCGGAGCAAACCAUCUUCCCAGGCAGGGACCCUGGAUCCUCUAACACCCAGCAAUGAAAUGAAAACCCCAAGAAGGAGUUACCACCCCACUCAUAGAGGAAGACACCAAUGCAGAGAGAGGUUGGAUCACUCACCAAAGCCACACAGGACGUGGCAGAGCUGGAAUGUGAACCCAGGGUCAUCUCAGGCUGGCUGCAUGCCUCAGCUGAAGAUCCCAGCUCCUGUCAAUGCCACCUCUCCGCUUGACUGUCUCCUUCCAGACUCGAGCAGGUAUGAGCUGGGAAGAAUGCAGGCAGGGCAUGCCCGUGUGCCAGCCCUGCACAGCUGGAGAGAUGAGGCAAGACGUGGAGCAGAAGCCGGGGAUUGUCUGGAAGUCUAAGGGUGUUGUUUGCCCCUUGGGCUCCAGAAGAUGCAUGCCAGGACCUGGGGUGGCACCACCAGGAAGCAACAGAGAGGAGAUAAAACUCACAGCAGACAGAUUUGCCUUAACAACAACUGUCUUGAAUUAAAACACGCUUUUCAAGAAAACA